CUCACUAAAGACAGUGUUACUGUUUCCGUGGAUGCUGUUGUCUAUUAUCGUGUCUCAAAUGCCACCGUUUCUAUAGCCAACGUUGAAAAUGCUCAUCAUUCUACACGUUUGCUGGCACAAACAACACUCCGCAAUACAAUGGGCACAAGACAUUUACAUGAGAUUCUUAGCGAACGUAUGACAAUUUCCGGCACUAUGCAGCUACAAUUGGAUGAAGCCACCGAUGCAUGGGGUAUUAAAGUAGAGCGUGUUGAAAUCAAAGAUGUACGACUUCCGGUGCAGUUGCAAAGAGCCAUGGCAGCAGAGGCGGAAGCAGCACGCGAGGCAAGAGCCAAAGUUAUAGCAGCCGAAGGGGAACAAAAAGCAUCGCGUGCUUUGAGGGAAGCUUCAGAGGUUAUAGGCGGAUCACCAGCAGCUUUACAAUUAAGAUACUUACAAACUUUAAGUCAAAUAUCAGCUGAGAAAAACUCCACCAUAGUUUUUCCCUUGCCCAUAGAUUUAAUAACCUACUUCCUAAAAUCGAAUGAUGCUGCCACCCAACAAUUAGCCGAAGCUGCUGUUGCUGCCAUGGAUAAAAUUGCUACAAAACAGGACAACGAAACCUCUACAACUUUGGAGAAAUCUUCCUAAUACUUUUAAAACAAUACACAAAUCUAAAUAGUAUAACCUAUAACCCGUUUAGUUUAAUUUCUAACAAGAACUAAUUGAUCCUAGUAAAUGCUUUAGAAUAAUUGAAACUCAGCCAAUAGUUAUAUUUUAUAAUCCAUUGUAUUCAAAUUAGUAAGCCUAGUUUAGAGUAUUAAAACUAGUUUAAAGCUCUUUCCUCUUUUAAAGCAUUUGAAAAAAAAACUCUUUAAACCUAAUUAAACUAACUACUAGCAAGCUGUUGACUCAUUUAACCAAUAAUAUCUAUAACUAAACAUCUAUCUAACUAUUUAACUUUAUCUAUCGAUUAUUUUUAAUUUAUAAGGAAAUUUAAUUGAAUAAAUAAAAAGCAAUUAUAAAACCCAAAUGGGGUUUUCGGUUAUUUUAAUUUUGGCUAUAUACCAAAAUAGGAAACACUUUUACUU